AUGAAAGAAAGAAAAGAAGUAUUAAAUCGAGUUGAUCAAAAGCUAAAGUAUCAAGUAGAAACAGAAAUAAAUUAUUGGAAAAAUGUAUUGACAAGAGUUGUAGCUGUUGUGAAAUCCCUUUCUUCUCGUGGAAUGUCUUUUAGAGGUGAUGAUGACCGUUUUGGAUCUGUUCAUAAUGGGAACUUUAUGAUGAGCUUAGAGCUUAUUGCUCAGUUUGAUCCUUUUUUAGCACUACACAUUGAGAAGUUUGGAAAUAAAGGAAAAGGUUCAACAUCAUACCUAUCAUUUAAUAUAUAUGAGCAGUUCAUAAGUAUAAUGGCAGAUAAUGUUAUUCAACAAAUGGUGAAAGAAAUUAAGGAAGCUGAAUACUUUUCCAUCAGUAUUGAUUCUACUCCUGACAUUAGCCAUGUAGAUCAACUGUCAUUCAUUUUUUGGUAUGUUCAAAAGAAUGGCUGUCCGGUAGAAAGAUUUUUAGGGUUUUUACCUAAUUCUGAUCAUAAAUUUGAAGAAUUAGCAGAUGCUGUAUUUUUAGUUUUAGAAUCGCAUGGAUUAGAUAUUAAUAAUUGUCGUGGUCAAAGUUACGACAAUGCGUCUAAUAUGUCUGGUAGAUACACAGGACUUCAAGCUCGCAUUAAAAAAGUUAAUCCUUUAGCAACAUUUGUACCAUGCUCGGCACACUCUUUAAAUCUUGUUGGUGAGUGCGCUGUGGACUGUUGUAUUUAUGCUUCUGAAUUUUUCAUUCUGCUUCAAAAUAUUUAUAAAUAUUCAGUGCCUCUACUUAUAGAUGGGAAAUACUUCAGAAGAAUUUGA